AUGCUUGUUUACCUGUACCAGAAAAUUUUUUUUUAUCUGUCAUUUUUUACCUUCUUAGAGCUGCCAGAAAACUGGACAGACACAAAAGAGACCCUGCUGGAGGGGAUGAUGUUCAAUGUAAAGUACCUUGGUAUGACUCUGGUGGGCCAACCUAAAGGAGAGGACAUGGCUUCAGCAGCCAUUCGCAGAAUUGUUGCUACGGCCAGAGCCAGCGCUAAGAAGUUUCGGAAAGUAACACUGACGGUGUCACCAAAAGGCAUCAUCAUCACAGACACAGAGACUACAGACCUCAUAGAGAAUGUCUCCAUAUACAGAAUAUCAUACUGCACUGCAGAUAAAACUCAGGAUAAGGUCUUUGCAUACGUUUCUCAGAGUCAGUUCAAUGAGACAUUGGAGUGCCAUGCGUUUCUUUGCCAAAAAAGGAAAAUUGCUCAGGCUGUGACCUUAACAGUAGCGCAGGCCUUUAAGGUGGCCCUGGAUCUCUGGGAGAUUGCUCAGGAAGACAAAACCAAGAAGGCUGGGACUUGCUGCUCAUGUGCAGCUAGCGGGCAAGCAGAGACGACAGAGGCACAGUGUGUUCCAGCAGCUUCUUUUCCGCACCUGCCAUCCCCCACACACCCUGCAGCACAUAAGCCGGUCGGGAUGGAGGACAAGCUCCGGAGGCCCUUCUUCUCUGCCUCUCUCAGCUCGCCGUCACCUCGGAGUAACCCCACUCGAAGGCGACCAAUCAAACAUGACUCUUGGGUGGGUUUCUACACUGAGCUUUAA